UGGGGGGCCGGGCCGAGCCGUGUCUGGGGGGCGGGCUGAGUCGUGCGGGCAGAGGGGUAGCGGUGGAUGCUUGUUGGGGAACUGCGGGCGACAGCCAUGGAGGCGCUUGCGGAUGCUCCUGUGGCGAUCGCCGUGGCCGUGGUGGCUGUGUCUGCGUUCCUGCUGCUGCUGCUCAGAGGGACAGGGCGGAGGGCGAGCGGUCUCGUCACCUUGCAGGAUCCGCUCGCUAAAUACGCGCUGCGGCUGGUGGACAAAGAGGAAAUCAGUCAUGAUACCAAAAAAUUCCGUUUUGGGCUGCCUUCAUCAGAUCAUAUAUUGGGAUUACCUGUAGGCCAACAUGUUUACCUUUCUGCAAAAAUCAAUGGUAACCUGGUGAUUCGAGCCUAUACCCCAGUUUCCAGUGAUGACACAAAAGGUUAUGUUGAUUUAAUUAUAAAGGUUUACCACAAAAAUGUGCAUCCCAAGUUUCCAGAAGGUGGGAAGAUGUCCCAGUACCUAGACAACAUGAAGAUUGGAGAUACUAUUGACUUUAGAGGGCCAAAUGGACUCCUUGUCUAUAAGGGGGAAGGUACCUUUCUUAUCAAGCCUGAUAAGAAGUCUGAAGCAGAGAAAAAGCCUGCAAAAUAUCUUGGGAUGAUAGCUGGAGGAACAGGAAUAACUCCUAUGUUGCAGCUGAUUCGUAGAAUCACAAAUGAUCCUAAGGACUCCACAAAAUGUUACCUCCUUUUUGCUAACCAGACAGAAAAAGAUAUAUUACUAAGAGCUGAGCUAGAAGACAUUGCUAAGAGGCAUCCGGAUCAGUUCAAGCUUUGGUAUACACUGGACAGACCUCCACAAGAUUGGAAGUACAGUUCUGGCUUCAUCACUGCAGACAUGAUAAAAACCCACCUCCCUUCCCCCAGCAGUGAGACUCUUAUUCUCAUGUGUGGGCCACCACCUAUGAUCCAGUUUGCAUGUCAGCCCAACCUGGACAAACUUGGCUAUCCCAAGAGCAGUACGUUUUCUUAUUAACACGAUGCCAUCUGAUACCUUUUGGUAGGAGACAACGGAGACUGUGGACCUGAAUCUGUUCCCGAGGAAAGAGGUGAAAGCUCAUCCGAGGUUACUGAACCAUCCACAUUCUCUGUUUCUCCUGGGUUAGGAACAGUAAUACAAUCACAUUUUGUAGUAAUUACUAACAAAAGUUGUUACCUAGAAGACUAAUGUUUAAAUGCUGAACAUAAUAAAAGAAUGCAGAUAGCUAUAAAAUUGUUCUUACAUAAAAAGCCAUGCAUAGGAGGUAAAAAACACAGUAUCUGUACAAUUGGUACAAAAAGAAAAAUAAUAAAACAUUGGGUAAAAUAGUUCUGUUAUUUCAACCUUUUGUAUUUAAAUACAUUAUUUUACUUAAUUAAAGGUCUUCAGACUGAGGCAGACUCCUAA